AUGGUGAAACCAAGAUGCCAAGAUCUUAAAACAAAGGCUUAUCUUUUUGAAGAAGAGGAUCUUAUAGAAAACCUACCAGAAAUAAUGUUUUCAACAAAUAAAGACAUUAUUCUCUACUUUCAGUUUAGAAGAUCUGGAGACAAAAUAACUCCAACAAAAAAGCUGAUUGCUUGUACCAUUGGUCAUCAAACAGCAAAGUGUUCUGGUCUUGGUAGCUGUCCUGAAAACUGCAUUAUGUUUGCAGUUAAGAAACCUUGGAUAGACGGAGGAUACAAGGAUGGGAUACUCACUGACCCAUUUAUAAGGAAGCAUAUCACUGAUCUGAUCAACAGCUGGGAGAGUUUAAAGAAAAGUAAGUGUAAGAACUCGAAAGAAGCAGGAAAAGCUAGACAAGAUUUCAAAAAAAAAGGAAAUAAGGUUUUCUGGAUUGCUAAACCAAAUAUCCAAGAUAUUCUAAAGAAGACAAGCCUUAAUAAGGUCUCGUAUCGUACUGAUAUGAAAUUUUUGAGAGAUCAAAAGGCCAGACGUAAAAUGACUCUGGGUAAAAAAGACAAGCUAUAUAACCGGAGGGUUAAGAAGAGAGAACAGAGAAGAUUGAAACAUCCACAGUUAGUACAUAGUGUUGAACAGUUUUCUCAGAGAGAUGAUUUGACUACAGAGCUUCAGUUUUCUUCUGAAACUAGUGAUACAAGUACCAGCAUGGACUCAGAUUGUUCUUUUGAUUUCGAACAGCCAGGUCCAAGUAAUGAUACGUCGCAGUUAGCCAAGAAUUUUGUACAAGAUAUUGCCAUGACUUCAGUUUCCAAAAAUAUUUCCUCUAGAGAUUUGUUGCAUGUGUGUACAAAUUUGAUUGUUAAUUCAGGUUGA